AUGGCUGUAUGUGAUUUUAAUAUGUGCUUUACUUUUGUGUGGGCUGGAUGGGAAGGUGCUGCUCACGAUGCACGGAUAUUCAUGGAAGCCUUAGGAAGACCAAUUUUAAAAUUUCCUCAUCCACCCACAGGUGUAUAUUAUCUAGUGGAUGCAGGCUAUCCACAAAUCAAAGGAUAUUUAGGGCCAUAUAAGGGUGAGCGAUAUCAUCUUCCUGAUUUUCGACGUGGAAGUCAACCAAGAGGGAAGAAAGAAAUACUUAACCACAUGCAUUCUUCCUUAAGAUGCACAAUCGAAAGAACUUUUGGUGUUUGGAAAAAUCGUUGGAGAAUGAUACGACAGAUGCAUAACUUUCCUAUGGAAAAACAAAUACAAAUCGUUGUUGCUUCAAUGGCUCUCCAAAACUUUAUAAGAUGUCAUUCAAUGACAGAUCAAGAAUUCCAACCGUAUGAUGAUGAUGAUGAGCUACUUCCCUCUGGCGGGGCGGGAGUUACGAUAGGGGAAGAGAUGGUUAAAGAACAAAAUCUAACCCAGGUGCGUGAGAUGGCUGACGGAUGCGAGAGAAUUGCAAAUCUUCUUAUGUCUACUAACAGACCUACAGGUUCUACAAGACCCAGUGGUCCGCAACGAUGGGAUGAAGUCAAGGAGCGUAACAAGGCCAAAGCAGCAGCUGAACGAUACGCACAAGGCAAGGUCGCACUCUACAUAGGAUCUCCAAACCCUUAUGUCCCACAAGCUUCCCCUAUGUCAUCCGUCUCCUCCUCCACUGUUCCUCCAGGUAUUGCCGCCCUCCCUACAAGUGAUUCAGGCACUUCUUCUAAUACCUCAAGUAGUGCUUUUGCUGGCUUAGGUAUUGGUUCUGGUUGGAUUAUUGAUUUAGGUGCUUCAAAUCACAAGACAUUUGACCCAACAAAUUUGAAGACUCGUACUACUCCUAGCCAACUUAAAGGGGAGUGUUGGCGUGAGUCCUAUUUUAGGUAG